AAGAGUUAGGCAGGAUAGUGCUGAGCCAUCACUGGACAGCAUUAAAACAACCGUCUGUCCAGGGCUGCGUUACAGCCACCCACCGCAGCCCUCCUCUCUGCCACUGCAGUCCCACGUUCUGUACCACUACUGCCCUGUUGGCCGGAUUAACUCAUAGAACGGUGAAAAGACCAAACAGACAUCAUGUCUGAGAAAAAGAUGUCAUCGAGCCGCAAGCAUCAUCUGAAGAGCCUGAUGCUCCAGAUCGCCCAGGAACUGAUAGCGGAAGAGGAAGCCCAGUCUUUAGAGGACAGGAAGCAGUACAUGAGUGAAAAUAUCACUCCUCUGCAGCUCACAGGAUCCAUUGCAGAACUCCAGGACCUGUGUAAGAAGAUGCAUCAGAAGAUUGAUGUGAUAGAUGAGGAGAGAUACGACCUGGGCAGCAAAGUUGGCAAAAGUGACAAAGAGAUUGAGGAUCUGCAGAUUAAAGUACAGGACCUGAAGGGUAAGUUCAAGAAGCCCGUCCUGAAGAAAGUCCGCAUGUCUGCUGAUGCUAUGCUUCAGGCUCUGCUGGGCUCCAAACACAAGGUGUCCAUGGAUCUGAGGGCCAACCUGAAGCAAGUCAAGAAGGAGGUCAAGGAAGAGGACAAAGAAUCUGUGGGAGACUGGCGUAAGAACAUCGAAGACAAAUCAGACAGAAAGAAGAUGUUUGAGACUGCUAAGGAGUAGAUGUUCCUGGAGUUCCAGACAGGAAGAUGUUUGAGACUCAUAAGGAGUAGAUGUUCCUGGAGUUCCAGACAGGAAGAUGUUUGAGACAGCUUGAACAACCUUCUGCCUUUGGUUACGAAGUUAUCCAGUUACGACUCGUUUGUUUGUUUUUCGUCUCUGGCUAAAUUUAUCUAAGAGGUAGUUCCAUCUCUCUAGGACUGUUGUGAACAGGUGUUAAUGAAUUGUUAUGAUAUCUAAGAGGUAGUUCCAUCUCUCUAGGACUGUUGUGGCAGGUGUUAAUGAAUUGUUAUGAUAUCUAAGAGGUAGUUCCAUCUCCCUGGGACUGUUGUGACAGGUGUUAAUGAAUCGUUAUGAUAUCUAAGAGGUAGUUCCAUCUCCCUGGGACUGUUGUGACAGGUGUUAAUGAAUCGUUAUGAUAUCUAAGAGGUAGUUCCAUCUCCCUGGGACUGUUGUGACAGGUGUUAAUGAAUCGUUAUGAUAUCUAAGAGGUAGUUCCAUCUCCCUGGGACUGUUGUGACAGGUGUUAAUGAAUUGUUAUGAUAUCUAAGAGGUAGUUCCAUCUCCCUGGGACUGUUGUGACAGGUGUUAAUGAAUCGUUAUGAUAUCUAAGAGGUAGUUCCAUCUCCCUGGGACUGUUGUGACAGGUGUUAAUGAAUCGUUAUGAUAUCUAAGAGGUAGUUCCAUCUCUCUAGGACUGUUGUAAACAGGUGUUAAUGAAUCGUUAUGAUAUCUAAGAGGUAGUUCCAUCUCUCUAGGACUGUUGUAAACAGGUGUUACUGUGUGUAAUCAAAACAAUCUGUAGUUCUGUUAAGUAAUUUUGUUCCAAUUCAAUUUCUGAAAAUAAAUGAUUUGCUGGAAAAAAAAACACGAUUUAUUUUG